AUGAGAGAGGCCGAGAUGGCUAUGGCAUUCGCUAUGCUCCAGAACGAGCAACAGCGCGUGGCGCUAGCUAUCUCAAAGCUCGGUGGUCGUGCGCGAGAAUGGGCACUGACGUGCGGCACUUCGGUUGAAGCGGCGUUCCUUUCCUGGAAGGAGCUGAAGAUGCAGCUUCUGCGAGUGUUUUCGUCGGCAUUUCGCGAGCGAUCGCGUUUCCUUGCCGCCCGACAGGUCAAAAAGGAGUUAGUGGACUUUGUCCAGGAUUUGCGUACUCUCAUUGCCGGGAUGGCAGCCAAUUUUCUCCCCAAGGCGGUCACAGUGACCGUCUUUAUGGAGGGCCUCAGCACUGGUGUGGCCAGAAAGGAAGUCUUCCGUGUUUCUCAUCCGUCGUCUUUUAAAGAAGCGGUGAAAGUGGCAUUGACUGCCAUUUUCAACCUUAAGUCGACACAACUUGGUUGGACUACACAACCAUAG